ACCAAAUUUGCUUGGAGAGCAAAACAAGCUUGAAGAAGGAACUCAAGCUCCACACCAUUUUUAAAGACAAUGAUUCGUGCAAAGCAGAUCAGUAAUCUUUCAAGUUCAGCAAGAUCCUUCUUUCUUGGUGGAACAAGAUCUAGUGCAGCUGAUGGAAACUCUUGCACAUCCGCAGAAGAUGAUAGCUGCCUCUUGAGACGCCACCAAACUAGGCAUGAAGCUGCACACACUGGGAACAGAGUUUUCACCCGACCAUCACCUCCUCCUCUCCAUGUUUCUCCUCCUGUUUUGCCUGUGAAACCGGAUCCUGCUAAUCAUAAGAUCCCACUACCCGAUGGAACUGAAGUCUCUAGGGUCGAUCAUACUCUUCCUAUUACUAGUGUCAAAGCCAGUGGAAGAGAGCAUCUCGGUGAAGUCUACACUACCUCUGCUUCCAAAGAUCCAUCAGAGAGAGCUCCAAGAAACGCCUCACCAGGCACUAAGCAAGCUUCAAAUGAUGUGUCUCAUGAUCUAACCAAAACUACCGUCUCUGGAAAGAGGAAGUGUGGCUAUUACCCCUCAGGGGAAAUGAUGAGAGUGACACCAGCACCUAGACACGUCAUAGAAAAAGUUUCUAGCAUAUUGCGGAGAUUCAAAUGGGGCCUUGCUGCUGAAGAAGCUCUUCACAGUUCCGGUUUCAAGAUGGACGCAUACCAAGCAAACCAAGUCCUCAAGCAGAUAGAUAACUACGCAAACGCUCUUGGUUUCUUCUACUGGCUCAAAACACAACCUGGUUUUAAGCACGAUGAACACACUUACACCACUAUGGUUGGUAACCUCGGCCGUGCAAAACAGUUCGGCGAGAUAAAAAACCUUCUCAACGAGAUGGUUAGAGAUGGAUGUAAGCCAAACACCGUCACAUACAACCGACUUAUCCACAGCUACGGCCGUGCAAAUUACCUCAAAGAAGCCGUGAAUGUCUUCACUCAAAUGCAAGAGGCUGGAUGCGAGCCUGACCGUGUGACGUACUGCACACUCAUAGACAUCCACGCUAAAGCUGGCUUUCUUGACGUUGCCAUGGACAUGUAUCAUAGAAUGCAAGUGGCGGGGCUCUCUCCUGAUACUUUCACUUACAGUGUGAUAAUAAACUGUCUUGGCAAAGCUGGUCAUUUACCUUCUGCACAUAGGCUCUUUUGUGAGAUGGUUGGUCAAGGCUGUACGCCUAGUUUGGUGACGUUCAACAUCAUGAUAGCUUUGCACGCCAAGGCCAGGAACUACCAGAGCGCGUUGAAGCUCUACCGAGAGAUGAAAGCUGCUGGGUUUCGACCUGAUAAAGUGACUUACAGUAUAGUCAUGGAGGUGCUUGGACAGUGUGGGUUUCUUGAGGAGGCAGAGGGUGUAUUCACUGAGAUGGAACGUGAGAGCUGGGUUCCUGAUGAACAUGUGUACGGUCUUCUUGUGGACUUGUGGGGGAAAGCUGGUGACGUGGAGAAAGCUUGGCGGUGGUAUCAAGCAAUGCUUCACGCUGGUGUGAGACCUAAUGUUCCUACUUGUAAUUCCCUUCUCAGUACUUUGCUUAGAGGUCAUAGGCUCUCUGAAGCUUAUAAUCUAUUGCAAAGCAUGGUGGCGCUUGGUCUGCAGUCUUCUUUGCAGACAUACACAUUGCUGUUGAGCUGUUGCACAGAAGCUCGUUCAAACUUUGACUUGGGAUUCUGCGGGCAGCUAAUGGCGGUCUCAGGCCAUCCUGCACACAUGUUUCUCCUAAAAAUUCCGCCUGCAGGUUCAGAUAAUGGCCAAAAGGUGCGUGACCACGUCAGCAGCUUUCUUGAUUACAUGCACAGCGAGGACAGAGAGAGCAAGAGGGGACUCAUUGAUGCAGUGGUGAAUUUUCUCCACAAGUCAGGGCUUAAAGAAGAGGCGGGUUCGGUGUGGGAAGUGGCUGCAGUCAAGAAUGUGUAUCCAGAUGCAUUGAGGGAGAAAAGCUGCAGCUAUUGGCUUAUAAAUCUCCAUGUGAUGUCAGAAGGAACUGCUGUGACGGCACUGUCUAGGACGCUUGCGUGGUUUCGUAAGCAGAUGUUGGUUUCAGGAGAGUGUCCUUCACGGAUUGAUAUAGUAACUGGUUGGGGAAGACGGAGUAGAGUCACAGGCAGUUCAAUGGUGAGACAAGCAGUUGAGGAGCUGCUCAACGUCUUCAACUUCCCGUUUUUCACUGAGAAUGGUAACUCAGGCUGUUUUGUUGGAUGCGGAGAGCCUCUCAAGAAUUGGUUAAGUGAAUCAUAUGUUGAGAGGAUGCAUUUGCUUUAGUUUUUAGAUUAGUAGUCUUGUUAUUAUUCUUUGGCUGAAGCUCAGUCACUUGGUUUUGUAUGAGAUAAUAAGUUUUAAGGUUUUAAGCCUUAAAGGUUA